AUGGCAGCAACAUACGGUGAUGUUAGGCAUCUACUGCCGGGCAACUACAAACGCCAAAUCACCGACUGGCUAGAGGAGGACUGUCCCAGCCUGGACUAUGGCGGUUUCGUCGUCGGCGAGUCAGAGGGUGAAGCUCGGUUACUGGGGAAGAGCAAGGGAAUAAUCGCCGGCAUCCCCUUCGUCGAUGAGGUUUUCUCACAGCUUGGAUGCGAAGUCGAAUGGCACAUAAAAGAAGGCCAAUCCCUCACCCUCACCCCACACCACCACUGCGCAACAGUCCGCGGACCCGUCCGCAAAAUCCUCCUCGGCGAACGCGUAGCCCUAAACAUCCUCGCCCGCUGCUCGGGCAUCGCAUCGAAGAGCGCCUCCAUGCUGUCCGCGCUCCGCGCCGAGGGGUGGCAGGGCAUAUUGGCCGGAACACGCAAGACGACGCCCGGGUUCCGCGUCGUUGAGAAGUACGGUAUUCUUGUCGGUGGCGCGGAUCCGCAUCGUCAUGAUCUUAGCCAUAUGACCAUGCUGAAGGAUAAUCAUGUGUGGGCUUGUGCUAAUAACCGUGCCGCGGCGGAUGGGGGUGUUGAGGGGCUUGAUCCGAAUUCGAUUGAGUCUAUUGCUGCGGCGAUUCCGAGGGCUGUGCUUGCUGCGAAGAGUGCGGGUGGAUUUGCGACGAAGGUGGAGGUUGAGUGUCGGAGUGUUGAGGAGGCGAAUGCGGCUAUUGGGGCUGGGGCUGAUAUUAUUAUGUUGGAUAACUUUACGCCGGAGGGAGUGCGGGAGGCGGCGAGGUUGCUUAAGAAGGAGUGGGCUGGAAAGGGGCGUGCGUUUUUGAUUGAGGUUAGUGGUGGGUUGACGGAGGAUAAUGCUGCGGCUUAUACAUGCCCGGAUGUGGAUAUUCUGUCGACCAGUUCUAUCCACCAGGGAACUGGGAUUGUGGAUUUCUCACUCAAGGUCUCGCUGCGGUAG